AUGGCGCCUACAUUCCCCAAUCUAACCAUUGACUCACCGCCCUCGGCUCCGGGCGUCCACAUCAUUACCAUGAACAAGCCGCCUGAGAACCGGCUGAACCAGGCGUACGCGCAAACCAUCAUCUCAGCGCUGCGGUACAUCGAGAGGGAUCUGAUGAAGCCCGACUCGCCCGGAGCGGUCAUCAUCUCGUCCUUCUCGGACAAGUUCUGGUGCACGGGUCUCGAGCUGGACGAAUCCGACACCAACAUCUUCGCCAACGCCGACGGCUUCUACCCUCUGCUAGCCACCUUGGUGGAUUAUCCCUACCCGACCGUCGCGCUGAUCACGGGACACACCUUUGGUGGCGCGUGUCCGUUCAUGCUGUCCUGCGACUACCGGAUCAUGAACAGCAAGCGCGGCUUCAUCAGCAUGCCCCCGGUGAACUUGGGCCUGCAUUUCGACGGCAUCGGGGCUCUGCCUCGGCUCAAGCUUGUGCCGAAGAUCGCGAGGAAAAUGCUGCUCGAGGCCCACAAGUGGACCGGCGAAGCGGCGCUGAAGGACGGCAUUGUGGACGAGAUCUGUGAGCCGGAUAAGAUGAGGGAGAGGGCGGUCGAGUUUGCAAAGACCAUCGCGCCCAGAGCGACCAUGGGCGUCUAUGGCUUGUUGAGGGCGGAACUCUGGGGCGAGGCGCUGGACAAGUUCAAGGCGAUCAGCUAUGUGCAUAGGAAGAGGGUCGGCACAGCCGCAAAGGCUAAGAUCUAG